GUGGCUCGUGGGCCCCAGCACCGCUCCAGAGAGAGAGAGAGAGGGGGAGAGAGAACGAAAGGAGCAAGAAAGAGAGAGAUUCUCCUCCUCCUCCUCCUCCUUCUUCCGUGGGAAAUCCAAAACCCAACUCAAAAAAACCAGAGGCCCAGGGACAAACAAAAGAGGCCACCCCAAAGAAAAACGGAGAAAUUGUUGGAAAGGGAGGGGAAAAGGAUGCCAGGGAGCCAAAAUGGACGGUCAGGAUCAUCCAAACGUGAAACCAUCCAUGGCUGCGCUCAGUCAGGGGAUCUCUUCGGCUUGGAGAAGAGGCUGCAGCAGAACCCAUCUCUUCUUAACGAAAGAAAUUCCAUCAUGUCACAAACACCUCUGCAUGUAGCUGCUGGAAAUAACAACGUCGGCAUCGUCAGGUUUCUUCUCGAGUACAAGGGCACGGAGAAGAUCGAAUUGGAGGCUAAAAACAUGUAUGGCGAAACGCCUUUGCAUAUGGCAGCAAAAAAUGGCUGCAGUGAAUCUGCGCAGGUGCUUAUUGUUCAUGGUGCCUCUCUAGAGGCUAGAACAAGUAAUGGAAUGACUCCGUUGCAUCUAGCAGUAUGGCAUGCUCUUCUAGCGGACGACUGUGUCACUGUUGGCACGUUGUUAGAGUUCAGCGCAGAUUGUGGUGUCAAAGACGAUGAAGGAAAGACUCCAUUGGAUCAUGUUUCACAACAUGGAGGUGGUAGCGAGAAGUUGCAUGGGCUUUUGACACGGUACAUUCAAGAGCAAAGGAAGCGCAAAGCUAUUGAAUUUUUUGGGGAGGCAAAAGAAAAAAUGAGAGAGUUUGAAGAAGCUAUGGAAAAGAUUGUGGGUCUGCAGGACCUCAAAUCUCAAUUGUAUAAAUGGGCCAAGGGGAUGCUUUUUGAUGAGAAGCGAAGAGCUCUGGGCUUAAAGAUAGCUGCCAGAAAACCUCCCCAUAUGGCAUUUCUCGGAAAUCCUGGAACAGGUAAAACCAUGGUGGCCCGAGCGCUUGGCAAACUCCUCCAUAUGGUUGGAGUUCUACCAACUGACAAGGUAACUGAAGUUCAACGAACUGAUCUUGUCGGAGAAUUUGUAGGGCACACAGGACCAAAGACUAGGCGAAAGAUAAAAGAAGCAGAGGGAGGCAUUCUGUUCAUAGAUGAAGCAUACAGAUUGAUACCGAUGCAGAAAUCAGAUGACAAAGACUACGGCAUAGAAGCCUUGGAAGAGAUAAUGUCAGUAAUGGACAGUGGGAAAAUAAUGGUUAUAUUUGCUGGAUAUCGAGAGCCUAUGAAACGAGUCAUUGCAUCAAACGAAGGGUUUUGUAGAAGAGUUACGAAGUUCUUUUACUUUGAUAAUUUCAACACGAACGAGCUCUCUCAAAUUCUACAUCUGAAAAUGAGCGAUCAAGAUGAGACUAGUCCUUGGUAUGGAUUCAAAUUGCAUUCGUCUUGUAGUAUAAAUUUGGUUGCGGAGUUGAUUGAGAGAGAGACUACAGAGGAUCAGAGGAAGGAGAUGAAUGGGGGUUUAAUUGAUCCUUUGCUUGCUAACGCUAGAGAGAAUUUGGAUCUCAGGUUGGAUUUUGAUUGCUUGGAUGCUGAGAGUUUGGUUACUAUUACUCUGGAGGAUCUGCAAGCAGGGCUUCAGUCACUCUCAAGAUGAGGAGACUUCAAGUACAGAAUUAUCAUCGAUUAACAAUUCUUUUUGUUCAAAUUGGUAUAAGAAAUUUAUUGUAUUGUAUUUUACAUGAAGAGGAGAAACCAUUUAGGGAUAGUUGGCUCUGGUGUAAUGCAGCUUCAAACGAUAUUUAUUUAAUUUAUGUAAUCAUGCAUCAUUCUUAUUUUCUU